CCCUUUUUCCUAAACUGUAUGUUUGGUUUAUUAUACAUCGCACAGAUCGACGUUCUUGCCAGGAUUUUCUGCCCUUUUUCAGUUUUUGUAGUUGUGUACGGUGAUGACUGCAUGACUUCACUCAUUCUCUUUAAGAUUUUAUAAAGUAUGGGCCAUAGUUUCACUAAAUGCAUUUAGAAAGGACCAAAUCCGGGACCAAAUCAUUUACGAACUCGAGUUGAAGUUUGAACAGACGUUGCUCGACUCGGCUCGACUGCUGUUUUUUUUUUUACCGUACCUUACGGUAUCGUACCGGCUCCCCGAGCGACUGGGGCGAGGUCGGUUUGUUUGAGUGAAUGAACUCCUGCCGCUUGCGCUGGUUUCGUGUCCACGUCCGUCUGAUCCCACAAUACUAGAGCACAAUGUCUAUGAGUAUGACCCAAUUUCACCGAAGAGUUCUGGAUAAGGCUGGUCCUGAACUUUUAAAUGAUCUCGAUUGCGAUGAUAUAUUACCGUAUUUGGUGAGUGAUGAAGCUGUAUCGAAAAAUGAUGUUGAGAGAAUCUGUGCCAAGGGAAUAAGAAGGGACAAAGUAGCAUCCCUGCUGGACCUCCUACCAAGGAGAGGGGAUGGAGCAUACGUCUCUCUUUUGAACGGCAUUGCAAGAAUAGAAGGAAGCCAACAUCUUUAUGAGGUCUUGAAGAAAUGUGAAGACGUGAUAGCACAACAGCUUCAAGAUGAAAUUGAAAAUGAAAGGCCAUCAAGUCCAGAGGGCAUUGACUCUAUUAGCAUGCCACCAAGUGAUCCGGACAUGAUCAGUGCAGUGAAUCAAGACGUGAAAGUCCACAUAGGGUUCUUACCCUUACGUGAUGCUGAUAUGGACCGUCAGCCAAGACACCCCAACAAGGUUCUAAAUGAUCCAGAUCUGUUAGAUCUCGCCCAAGAACUUGGGGAACACUGGGAAAUGCUGGCCCUCAACCUUGGCAUGAGCAGAGCUGUCAUCUAUCAGUGCAAAGAGAACAAUAGAUACAAUACCCAGCAGCAGAUCUUUGAAAUGCUCUACAAGUGGAAGUGCAGUCAGGGGAAAAAAGCUACUGUAUCCGCCAUGUUGAAGGCAUGUAAGAAAAUCAAACUUCUUGGUGAAGAUGCCUAUAAAUCCCUCUAUGAUCUGUAGUGUAAUGAGUCCAUCAAUCUCUCCCUGAAGAUUCUUCGAUAAUUAUUUAGUAAACCUCUCGGUGAUGUGCCUAUGAGGUCCUAUAUAGGUGGUUUCAAACUGCCUCGAUCACAAGAAUCUGUUUAAUUACAAGAAAUUUUUUCAGGUUAAAAAAACCCCGUUAAAUAUUCUCGCAUUCAAACUGCCCCGAAACAUACCCUUAGAGAUAAGUUCUUGAAGUUACGAGCAUGCGCAGUAUGGUCUGAUUAGCAAGCAAGGCGCGAGAUUCAAAAUCGCUAGCUCAGCAGCCUCCCAUGGUGCCCGCGCCCAACUACACGCUUGGCUAAAAGUUCCCGUAAUUUGCUUUCACACUACCAAAAUUACCUGGUUUUUGAUCGAGGUAAAUUUCCCAAUCAGAAAAUACCCAAUAAUGACGAACUUUGAGGCGGUCUGAAACCACCUUAUGAUAGCAGUCCUUAGAACUUCAUCUCUCGCUAAUACUCAAUAGACCUGUCACCUUAUUUCUUAAUAGGGCUGCAUGAUGUAUUGAAGAUAAUUAAAUAAUGUGACAUUUCAAACAUCAAAGGAUUAAUGAUAUUGCUUUUGCAAUGGAUGAAAUAUUGAGUUCUGAUUUCAGACAAUGUUCUAUAUAUCAACUAUACAGUAUAUCAAAGAAAGAAUGCGAUGAAACCCAGAUAUUUCCGCUUAUUCAAUUCAACAGGAUGAGGAAAGAAUCUACCGGUAGUUCGACUUUUUAAUAUUGUCCUUUAAGUCCAAAUUAUGAAGAUACAUACAUAUACAUUGAAAACAUUUCUUAAAUCAUCUUGUUAAAGCUUGUCAGUUGUUUUCACUGAUGAAAAACCCUUCACCAGUGAAUGCAGGACUUUCAGUAUAUACCAUAGUUGUCCUUGAAAGUGCAUUGCAUCAUGUUGACGAAAAUAUUGUACAUGUAUCAACAGUUAUUCAUUCUCUCUGUGUUAAGUGGGCUAAAAUAGCAAAUUUGUUGAAAUUCACUGAACUAUGGAAAAAAUUUAUUCAUCUUUAUUCAUUCAUCUUAUUCAUCUUUAUUCAUCGCACCAGCAAAACUGUUGAUGAAUAGUUUCAGUGCUUGAAGUAGCACUGAAACUAAUAAAAUAAUAAAAAGUAUCAAAGGUGCAGUGAGCAAAACACAGAUUUAAGUAAACAUAAAAUAAUCAAUAGUUCUUUUAUUGACAUUUUACAAAGAUUAAAAGUAAUGGAAAGUAGUUUACUCCACCUACAACCUUAUUUUUAUCAUUGAGAAAUAGAUCACAUGUAAAAAAAAAAUAAUUGUGAUGUUCAUAUAUGGAAUGGUGUGUGAGUAAUCAUGUAAUUAAUUUAAUCUACUUCACAUCAAAACGAACAUCAUAAGAAACAAGCAAUGAUGGAUUUACCCCCCCCCUCCAUUCUGGUUGCAAUUAUGCAAUACAUUCCAGUAAAAUAUCACUUGCAUUGAAUAAAAAAAUGUAAUGGAUAAGAAUAUCAAAUAAACAAUCACAACAAUCAAAAAUUGGAUCAGGAUCAGUUCAAUCAGAUGUGAUGUUAUAAAAUAUCAAACUUUUGUUUAAUUUCAUAACAAAGUGAUAUGAUAUUGGUGGUAUGCAGUGAAAUUUCACCAAUUUCUUUUUGUAAUUUGUUUUAGUAUUUCUUUUUUUUUCAAUGAACACUUUGUUGUAAGUCUGGAACUAUUAUAUAAGGGCUAUUCCACGGUUACUCAUGUUACAUUUGGAGACACCUUGACUCAUACUUGGAGCUGUAACUCCAUUAUUAUUGAUAGGAACUAAACAUCUCUUUAUCACAACAAAGUACACAGUCUGACUAUCCUUUGUAUAAAAACAAAACUUGGGAAAUUUUAUUAUGCUCCUGGCAAAUCUUUGGAAUGUGUCGGUUACUCACGUUACAUGAUUUGGACAUGCAUAAAAUGAAAAGUCGACAUAAGUGAAAAGUCUCCUCAUACAAGGCUUUUAUGAAAGUUGAUUAUAUCCAUUUCAAAGAAGUAUAUUAGGGAGACAAACUUUGUACAUAAUU